CUUCAUCCUGAACAGUUGGACUUAACAGUCUACUAUAUGAGCACGAAGAAGAUCAGCACACCAUUUUGGAUGAGCACAUUGUUUUAUGCAGCACGAGUAAGAGGUGGGCGGUGACCUCAGAGAUGACUGGAAGUACAGUCGACACGUGAAAGUUAAUUCAGAGCGGAAACCUAUUCAAGGUCAGACAAGGUCGAAAACUGCAAUAUAUUGAAUGACAUAUUUACUGCAUCAUUUGUGGAAAUGAGGGAUAAAUGUGUUGGAUAGAGGAAGUGAACAACUGAAUUUUACAGAGAACUUUCAAACGAAAGGGAGUUUUUGAAACAUAGGAUAUCUACCACUCAGACAGAGGUGAAUGUGAAAACGGGAAUGAGAUUGUUCUUUAUUGAAAUUGCCAAACCCUUAGAUUGAAUCCAUGAAGUGAAACAACAACUGCAUUUCUUGGAUUAUAGCAUACAGGAUUGGUCACUCACAUUGACAUAAAAAAUACAAAACCCAACAAGAUCAUUGGAUACACAAAGGUAUUUUCAGUUGAGGCCAAAUUCAGGCUGGUGACAUGUUCCUCAAUACCAUUUUGGUGGUCUUGACAGACCUGGCAGCCAGAAUCAUGGGAAGUUCCCAUUUCCGCCGUCAUUUUCACUUGCUGUUGUCAGGCUUGAUAAUGUUUGGACCUGCCCUGAGCCUCUGGGUCUCCCAACACAGCAUCUUUGCCAAAAGGACUCAUUUUCUUUACAGAGCUUUCCUGCGUUCAGGCUGGGGAUGGACCUGCAUCUUCGUCGGCUCCUUCGUCUUCCUCCUCUCCUUUUCAGUCGGCAGAUCCCUAGUUCUCUCGCUGCGACACCUGUCCAGGCUGGUAGUUGCAGGCGUGCUCUGGGUUGGGUUCCGGAAGAUUCUGGAUGUCCUUGAGAAUGCCACCGGGAGCUGCUACGAGCCACUCAGCGCUGUGGACGGCCAGCCUGUAGUGAAUGGCCAGCCAUUGCUGCUGCUACGAGAGGGGGCAAGCAAGCAGCUGUGUGUGGGAAAUGGGAUGCUAUGGCGUGGCUACGAGGUCUCUGAGGAUAUCUUCCUGUUGUGUCUUUGCUGCCUGCUGGUGGCCGAGGAAACAGCUGUGUUUGGGCCCUACCUGACUCUAGGCGGGCCCUCAGGAGCUCCUCUCCGUCUACUUUUCCUGUUCUGUGUCAUCCUGCUGGGACUCUGGGUCUUUCUACUGCUCUGUCUACUGGCCUAUUUUCCCUCGUUCCCCACACAGAUCAUAGGAGGGGCCCUGGGCUGUCUUAGCUGGAGGGGCCUGUAUCAGGGCUGGUACCGCCUGGGCCCCAGCUGGUACUGCCCUGGACGACCAGGAGUGGGGCUCUUAACCAUAAAGGAAGGGGGGAAGCCAGAGUGAAAGAAUAUUAAGAAUUGUUGUGGUUGUACGUAUCUCAUAAAACAUAGGUGCUGGGCAAAAGGUCAUCUGUAUCUUUUUUAUUACAUCAUGAGAGUAUAAUUAAAACCUCUUUACUGCCAACUGUCAUCAGGUUUUUAUACUUAGUAGAUAAGGGACAUGAAAUAACACCAGAUUUAAAAUCUACAGCUUCGGAACAAAUUUAUAGAUAGAAAAAGGUGCAGUGGUCUCUUAAUUUUUUCCAGAGCUGUAUUAAUCAGGAAAGUGUUGGUUAAUAUGUAAGCCUCUUUUCCCAACAUUAUGCAAAUGUAACUGCAUUUCAGUAUGAAAUUCAGUAUGAGAAUUGUAAAAGAAUAAAUGGGAAUUUAGAGAUUAGAAAGGAAAUGUCUCCAGGAAUGGAGGAAAGGGACAUAUGAAAGGAAUAAGGGGGUUAUAAAACGAAGAAAAAUGGAAAGCGGGUUAGGAACACUGAACAUACAGCUAAGGAAUUUACUGGAGGAAAAAGCAAGAUUAGAAAACUGGGAAAGUAAACUGUCUGUGACCUUCCUCCCUCUCUGUGUAGUGCCUUCAGAGAGUAUUCAGAACCCUCAAGUUCUUAACAUUUUAUGUCAUUUCUAAUCGUAUUUCUUUCUUCCAACAAUCUACAAUCAGACAUAUUUACGUUUUUCAUUUUCAAUAAAAUUGCAUAUUUCUUUCAUAUCAAAGAGCUGUAAUUCCUUAAACCUUCCUCCAACCUUCCUUCGAUGUGAAUAUGCUCAAAAUAAAUCUGAGAGACUACACUCUGAGCCCAAAUGCAUUAUUUAACUGUAACUUGAAUAUAUUUUGGUAAACAGCCAAAAGA